AUGGCCUUUUCUGUAAUGUUCCUUGUAUACACAUGGCUUUUCACAUCAUUACUUAUGGAACUCGAAACACAAUCUCCACCAUGUGUUUUUCCAUUUCUUUAUGAGGGAAAAUAUUAUCCUUCGUGUACCACAGAUGGUUCCAGCAAGGAUAUGUCCUGGUGUGCAUUAACUGAUAACUAUGAUGAUAAACGCCUGUGGAAACAAUGUGCUAUUACUGAGUAUGGAGGCAAUUCAGGAGGAAAACCCUGUGUCUUUCCCUUUGUUUAUAUGACUCAUGUUUACUACACCUGCGCAGGCAAAUCUGACCGUAAAGGGCCAUUCUGGUGCUCUACGACUGGGAACUACGAUAAGGACAAGAAAUGGAGCUACUGUGCUGAUACCAGACUUGAUGCAAAUUAUCCUACUAAUCCAUGCGUCUUUCCUUUUAUCUUUGAAAAUAAUCUUUAUUCAUCCUGUACAACAGAUGGAAGAUCUGAUGGAAGGCUUUGGUGUUCUAUUUCAAGUAAUUUUGACAUUGAGCCUAUGUGGGUAUACUGCGAGCCUUCAGAUCCUGCCCCUUGCAGUUUCCCCUUCAUAUACAGGAACAAAUCCUAUUAUUCCUGCAUCACAGAUGGGAUUUUAUUCAAUCAGCUAUGGUGUGCCACAACUCCAAACUACGAUAACGACAGAAAAUGGAAAUCAUGCUCCCUUCAAGAAUAUGGUGGGAAUGCCAAUGGCCAGCCUUGUGUCUUCCCUUUCAACUACAAAGGAGAAAUGGUUACCACUUGCAUUGAUGAGGAUGAGAAGAAUGAGAAGAAUGGGAGAUUCUGGUGUGCCACUACAGAAAAUUUUGAUGUGGACAUGAAAUGGAGCUUCUGUGCUGAUACACGUUUAAACAAGAAAAAAGAUGCGGAACCAAAAGAGCCCUGUUUUUUUCCUUUUGCCUACAAAAAAAAGGUUUACUCAGCAUGUACAACCGAUGGUACUUUAAGCUGGAAACUCUGGUGCUCCCUCACCGGCAAUUAUGAUACAGAUAACAAGUGGAGAUACUGUGAUCCUUCAGAUUUACCAAGUGAAGACCCAUGA